CGGACGUACGGUGUUGCUCGUCGCUCACAGCAGCUUGUUCUACUGUGCGGCAGCUCAUACAUUUAAGCUCCUACCACUGUUAGUUUUAUUGGUGUUUCCGAAUGUGGGCACCGUAAAAAAGUUAAACUUGCAUCAUCGCCCUUGUAAGCGUCGAUGGUACGCAGCAGUACCACUGUAUGGUAUUUCCCUACGUUUGUGUGCUUGUGUGUGUAAUUGUAUAUCGAAUGCAUUUGGAACAGCAAGAAAACGUGAUUAACGACAGUAAUAUGCAGUUACCAUCCGUUGCAGCCAACCCUCCUCCAAAGUUUUUCAAGAUCAAGAUAUAAUAGAAAAUAAAGCUAGUGAAUGCUACACCUCAAGCGAAUCGGCAAAGAAUUUGAGAAGAUAGCCAAGCAACAGUGAAGCGUUGGCCUGUCGGACAGAUGUUCAACUGAGACGGCGAGCCUCCAGCGCCGUGUGUGUGUGUUUUUGUUUGCUCUCAAGUGUUCAUCGUUGAAUCUGGUUAUUUAAAAAUCCUCGCAAGUACCGUGGUGCGUAAGUAGGCGUCGAAGAGAAUCUGUGUUUGGUAUUUGCGUUCGAUUUUGCAUGAAGCUGUGUCCGGCUGGCCCCGGAACGGUGGCGCAAUCUUCACCAGCGAAAACGAACGGAACGAGCUGAGGCCGGUGGAAGACGACAAACCUCGCGGCACCAUGAGUGCAAUCAACAACGGUAGCAAUGGCAGCAACACCAGCCAAAUCACCACCGCCAACAACCAUAGCAACACCAGUAGCAGCCGGCAUCAGAAGCUGGAGCAGCAGCGCCAACUGAUGGAAGCCUACAUUCGACAGAAGCGAGCAACACCGGGCAUGGUGCAGGCCAGCGAUCUGCAGCUCGUCCGUCCAAUGUCCGGCGUCAAUCGGAGCGGACGUGAGGUGCACGCGUACGAUGGUCCGAUGCAGUUCAUGAUGUCCCCGAACAACCCGGACCAGCUGAUGCCCAGUUCACCCACCCUUACCGCGAUGCCAGCUGCCGGUGCGAACGUUACGGGGAGCUCCCUCACGACGACCCCAACCUCACCGUACAGUGAUUCGACACUGGAAAAGCUAACCCCUUCGUCGCAGGACAGUGAAGACGAAGAGAGCACGCCAGUCGACGUGCUACCCCUGUCGCUCUCGUCCAAGUCCACAGCGAACGGUGGCCCGGGCGGUGUCCUAUACGAACGGCCCACUGCCGACCAGCUGCUCUCCCAUUCGGUCCCGAUUUCACCCGCGCUCAACAACAACAAUCACCACCAGCAGCAGCAGCACCAUCCAAACAACAGCAGCAGUGGCAACGUGAAAAGCAACGAGGGCUCCGGAACGCCACCGAGCGGCGGCGGACCGCCGGACACCGAGGGCGACGUUAUCGGACCGAUCGAGCAGUGGGUCACGCAACCGGCCGCCCAGGGCGUCCUCUACAAGUGCCGAAUCACACGCGACCGGAAGGGCAUGGACCGGGGCCUGUUUCCCAUCUACUACCUGCACCUCGAGCGGGACUACGGCAAGCGGGUGUUCUGUCUCGCCGGUCGCAAGCGCAAGAAGAGUAAAACGUCCAACUACAUCAUCAGCUGCGACCCGACGGAUCUUUCCCGGCAGGCGGAUGGUUUCGUGGGGAAACUACGCUCGAAUGUGUUCGGCACGACGUUCUUCGUGUACGACAGUGGCGUUAAGAAUGACCCGACCGCGCCCCGGCUCGACCUGGCCGUUGUAAUCUAUGACACCAACAUCCUAGGAUUUAAAGGACCCCGCAAUAUGACGGUGCUGCUGCCCGGUAUGACCGAGGACGAUCAGCGUGUACAAAUAAGCUCGGCAGAUGGGCAGCAGGGUCUGCUCGAUUGCUGGAAAUCAAAGAACAUGGACAAUGUCGUUGAACUGCACAACAAGACGCCCAUCUGGAACGACGAAACGCAAUCGUACGUGCUCAACUUCCACGGGCGCGUCACGCAAGCAUCGGUCAAGAACUUCCAGCUGGUGCACGACUCGGACCCGGAGUACAUCGUGAUGCAAUUCGGGAGAACGGCGGACGACAUCUUCACCAUGGAUUUCCGAUAUCCGCUGUGCGCUUUCCAGGCGUUUGCGAUCGCCCUGUCCAGCUUCGAUGGCAAGCUAGCCUGUGAGUAGUCGCAGUGGACGUAUACAAAAACAAAUCACGUUAAUUUAUACUGCCACCCGAUGGACGGACCAGGAGCGAUCAAACGAGCUGUGUGCUUGGUCACAGAGGAUUUUGUUUGGAGAAAAAACACCGACCGAAUCGUCGUGUACUAGCUAGUAAGGCGGAAUGAUUAGUGUUAGUGUUAUUUAUUGGGUAGGGACUAUCGGGCGUAGGAUCAAAAACAAAAGCCGGAGCCGUACUAUAUUCGGUGCAAUCUACCAACUUUCCGUAACAGCUCCGGGAGGUACUGGAAUUGUAGAUAAAAGAAACGAUAAAAUCGAUCACCAUUCGAUUGGACAAUAUGGAAAGAUGUUUUUGAAUGAUGGUUUAAUUUUAAAUAUAAAGUAUUUUAUUGAAAUUCGUAAAAUUCAACCAAAUAUUCGUAAAAAUAUUACGAUCGAUGGACAGCAAAUGAGGUAUUUUAUAGCAAAAGCUAAUUUUUUUUUUAGUUGAACUGAAAGGUUACAGCUCAAGGGUAACUUGGCAAAUGUAAUGGGAUUAUUUUAAGUACAAAAGAAAGUAUGUAAAGUGCUAAAAAUCUUUGGGUACGGAGCUUAAAUAUG